AUGAGACUUACGUUCCAGCCCCGUCUGCUGGGCAGCACGGCCACAGCGGCUGGUCCCCGACGGACGUGCUCGAUCCGUCCCUUUUGUCGCCAGCGUCUGCACCAUCACAGCCAACAACGGCUCACCGUGUCCAGGCCCGCCCGUCCGCCGUCCAUACGAUGGCAGCGUGCGUAUUCCAGCAGCAGGCCAUGCUUGGGCCCGGCCCAGCCUGCAGCAGCGCCGUCGCCACCACCGCCUCCGCCACAACCAUCCAAACGGCGCCGCGCCAUCGUCCUCGGGUCGCUCGCCGUCCUUGUCGGCGGCACGGUCUACUGGGCCACCGCGGGCAGCGCGUCCGGCUCGUUUGACGACAACGGGCAGCGGCGCCUGGCAGCGGGCGGCCGCGGCGGCCUCAACACGGAGACGUUUGUGUCGUUUGCCGUCGUGGCGCGCGACCGUGUGUCGCCGACGGCGUUUGUUCUGACGCUGCGGCUGCUGGCCGAGGACGGCGUGGCGCGGACGGCGACGGCGGCGGCGAUCGCGACGGCCUGGCAGCACGGGCUGUGGUCGGUCGAGGUCAAGCAGCCGCAGCUGCAGAUUGCACGGGACUACACGCCGCUGCCACGGGUGGUGGGCGAACACGGCGAACACGGCGAACACGGGCAACACAGCGCGGACGGCACAGAGAUCCGGCUGUUUGUACGCGUGGUGCCUGGCGGCGAGGUGUCCAAGUACCUGUCACGACGGGCCGUAGGGUCGACGGUGGAUGUGCGCGGCCCGCGCCUGAGUUUCGACGUGGCGGCGAGGAUGGGGGGCGACGGCGACAGCGACAGACAGGUCGUUGUGCUGGCCGGCGGGACGGGCAUCUCUACGGCACUACAGGCGGCCAAAGCUGUCCUGGGACGGGGCGCGGCAGUCUCCAUCCUCUGGGCGAACCGCCAGGCAGACGACAGCAUCGGCGUAACCGCGACGAUCGAUGCCAAGGAGGCGAACCCGAUUGUCCGCGACAUCAAGGCAUUGCAGACGCGUUACGGCGCCGACCGCUUGCGUGUGCUGAGCUUUGUGGACGCGCAGCAGACGUGGAUUACAGAGCCGGCGGUUCGGCAGGCCAUUGCGGGACCCAACGGCAAAAGCAGUGGACGCUCAUGGUACUGGCCAUGGGGGAGGCAAGAAACGACGAGCUCGGCCACCACACAGCCGGACACGACCGACCCGUCCUGCGUCUACCAUUCGGCACGGACACUAGAGCGGCUCGACGCCGACGUGUUUCGCGGGUCCACCACGACCAGGACGUGUUCUUGUGGUGCUGGCAGCGCUGGCAAGAAUCUGGUGCUGGUGUCUGGGCCGGACGGAUUUAUUGCGGCCUGGGCGGGUGCCAAGACGUGGGCGGGCGGACAGGAGCAGCAGGGACCGUUGGGCGGCAUUCUGGGCCACAUGGCGGCGCGCGAUCCGGAGACGUUUGCGCGCUGGCAGGUGUUGAAGCUAUAG